GGCCCGUGCUGACACAUCCAGGCCUAGCUAACGGCGUGUGUGAGUGGAUUUCGGAGCAUCUCGGGAGAUAUUUCGGAUACUAGCUGCUGUAAGGAAGAAAGGAUUUAAACACCGAGGAGGAAGAAAUAGAAGGAGAUCCAUUUCGGGUCUCUGUUGAUUCAACGCAGCCGCCAUUUUGUUGACACACUUGGAAGAUAAAAUAUGUGGCCACCACGUUGAUACACACGAAUGGAGGACACAGCCAAAUAAUGUGAACACCGUUUCUGGACAAUUACAGAGUUGAAGGACGGAGAGAGAGGGCUGGACAGCCAAGGAAGGGAGAGAAGCCGCCUCAAAACAAGGAGAGCUUCACCCUUACUGUUAUCCCCCUUCCCCCCCUUUCCCCCCCUCAACCCCUAUCCCAUCCCCCAACAAAAACUCAACCUGGUAUCCACAACAUCCCCUCCCUGGUAAACCAGUACGAAAGUUGUGAUGGAUCCAAAAAAUCCGGGGGGAACUGCAACGCCACCCCCUCUUCUCUCAGGUGCCCCAUCAGGGGAGCGAGAGAAGGAGGGAGGGAGUGGAAAGAAAGAAGAAGAGGAGGAGAAGAAGAGAGACAGAGAGAAGGAGGGAGCUGCUGCUGUCGCUGCAGGCGCAGGAGGGGCAGGAGCAAGUGGGCCAGGAGGCGCAGGCGGCGACCAGUCCCAUUUCUCCAUCAAAGAGAGCAGCCUGUCCGAGGGCAAUGUCAAACUUAAGAUUGGCCUCCAAGCAAAGCGCAUGAAGAAGCCCCCCAAGAUCCUGGAGAAUUAUGUGUGCCGACCAGCCUUCAGGGCCACCGUGAGGCACACAGGGCGCGGAGGAGGCGGGGCUCGUGGAAACCGUGCAGGAGCUGCUGGUGACGGCGCAGGUGUUCAGAGCCAGAGUCCUUCAAGUGGCAGGGAGAAAGAUAAGGACAAGAGUCCCAGCGUCAACAGACCAGCCUCAUCAUCUUCAUCGACCCCCUCUGCUAAAGCGCCCACACCACCUCCUCCUGCUCCUCCUCCCGCCAGCACUACCACCCUGUCACCCUCCCAAGUUAAUGGGAGCGCUCCGGCAAAAAGGGGUUCACCAAAGAUGGAUUGCAAGUCUGAUACAAAGACCGACAUGAAAGCGACCACCACCACAUCUGAGAGACCCCUUAACCUUCACCGCCCUCCGCCAGACAGCAAAACGCAUCCCUCGGGGAAGAAAACUCCAACUCCACAACCCACCCCCCUGAUGUCUUCACCCUCUCCACCACUACCUGCAUCAAAAGAACCCAAUUUUGACGCUGUUAAACCUCCUCAAUACACCUACAGCACUGAAAGUCAUAGAGAGAAGGACAAGGGCGGUCAGAGUUGGGGAGCACCGACAGUCACAGAGAAAUUAGCUCAACUCAUAGCGACUUGCCCACCAUCGAAGACUUCUAAGCCAGCCAAACCUGCAAAGGUUGACCCCACUCCUUCUCUCCCAAGCUCAGGCUUUAUGGCCCCCACAGCCAAGCAACGAGACAGGGCUAUGGCCAAUAGGAACACAUAUUCAAGAAUGGUACACCUUUCUCCACCACCUCCUGUGUCACGACCUCCUGGUCGGCCCUACGGUUCUAGGAACAAGGACAGUGUUAUGGAAAAUUCAAGCCCUCUGACACCACUGAGGAAAGAGGACACAGAAGGGCCUGAGAUAGCUUGUAGCAGCAGCGGCAACAGCAUCAGCAGCAGCAGUAAUCGCAGCAGCAGCCCAGCACUCACCUAUGGCAAUAACCGCCUGUCAGCCAUGUCAAAGGACAGCAACAACGACAACAGCAACAGUAGCAUUCCUAAGCAACAGUCACGUCCAGCUCACUGCCUACCCCACACAGCAUCUUCGCCGUCUUGUCCCAUUUCAUCCUCCUCCAGCACUUCAGCUGAGCAAAGGACAGUGAGCGCAGUGAGUCACCUGGGCUCCCCUGCUCCCUCACAAGGACACCAUGCACGAGAGAGUCCUGCCUUGGCAGAGGAAAGCAGUGCGAGUGAGAGGGAGCAGGACAGCGACGGCCCCAGAGACUUAACCAAGUGCCCUCCUCCAGCAGGAACAGGAAAGCUGGAAGGGAAAGACAAGGGGGGUAGUAAUCAGUCACUGCGAAUUGAGAGGGGGAAGAGCUCUAGUCCGAGUAAGCGCAGUCCCAAUCGGGAUGGUAGCCGACCUGGUCGGACUAGCAGUCCCCCUGAGCCUGUAAGACAGAGGCCUUGUUCUUCACCAGAGCCAGAUGGUGACGAAAGCCCACCAACGCCUCUUAGAGACGAUUCUCCCGAUUCAUCUAUAGACUCUCCAGCAGAGCAGGAGAGCAAACCCCUUAAAAAACGCAGGGCAAAGAAACCCCGCUGGACCCGUGUCAUGAAUAAGGCGCACGGUCAAAGAGCAGGCCACGACAGUCCCUUUGACCAGAGCAAAACCACCUUGCCUUUAAGCCUGGAAACGUUGUCUCCGCCGCUUAAAAGACCCGUGGGCAGGCCUCCCAACCCAAAUAAGGUCAGCUUAAAUAAGGUCAAACCAAAUCCUGUGCCACCAAGUCCACCGUCACCGCUUUUCCCAUCGCCUAAGAAAAGGGGGAGGCCAAAGUCCAAAAUGCCAAGGCUCGACGCCCCGGCCCGUGGGUGCCUUCCUAACAAACUGGCCCCCUCCAAGGUCUUUUCAUCUUUACUGAAGUCCAAAGAAGAGCAGGACCCCCCUGUUCUUCACCCAGAGGUGGACCUGAACCCCCCUAAACCUAUGCCUAGAAAACGUGGACGCCCCAAGCGCCUUCCUCCCAACUUGCCCCAGGAGAGUCAGCCUCCCACGUUGGCUCCAGAGUCAGGGGACAUGGGAGACAAACGGUUCCGCAGCAAAGGAAAUGGGCAGCUUAUCAUGAAAACUAUUAUAGGAAAGAUCAAUAAGAUGAAAAGUAUGAAACGGAAGCGUAUUCUCAGCCAAAUCUUGUUAGGCCCAAGACCAGAGGACACUCCUAAAACCACCCCCAGCGGGGUGGUCGGUUCUGUGGAAGCUGCGACCCAAUCACUGUCCUCCCUGGCUGCUUCUUUUGGGGGGAAACUAGGGCCUCAAAUUAAUGUCAGUAAAAAGGGCACAAUAUACAUGGGUAAGAGAAGAGGCCGUAAACCAAAAUCGGUAAAUGCCACAGCCUCAACGCCACCACCAGAACCUUUUCUAUCCCCAAACACCACUUCCCCUCUCCAUCACCAUCAGUCACAGUCACAGCAACAGCAGCAGCUCUCCUCCUCUGAGGUCUUUCCCUCCCCCUCCCUGUCACAGUCCAGUGGAGGCCACAGUCCCAUCAGUGAUGCCAGCUUCGUGGAGCCAGGCUCAGUGCACUUUUCAGGUCACUCUCACUAUUCUAACUCCCAUCACAGCCACAACACGUUCUCCUUCCCUCCCCCAACCUUUUCAGCCCCUAAUCCUCGCAACACAGGGUUGGGCUCAAUGUCAUCAUCGAUGGCCACAGCAGCUUCCCAGAAAAAGUCAUCUUGCCGUGGAUACCAUCACCACCACCAUCAUUACAGGCAGCACUACCAUUACCAUAAGCUCUCUCCUCCCAGGCCGCUCCAUCCUACCUCCCCUGCCCCCCUCAGUGAGCUAAAAGAGGCCACUCCGUCACCAGUCAGUGAGUCACACAGUGAGGAGACAGUUCCCAGUGACAGCGGUAUAGGAACUGACAAUAACAGCACCUCUGACCGUGGUGAGAAAGCUGGAGGCGCUGGCGGCUUGGGUGCAAUCGGUAUGCCACCAGGCAUGGGCAGUGGAUUAUUAAUGCCAGGGGUCAUCGGUUCAGCUUUGGGUCCAGGGGUGGGCCUUAAUUCCAGAGGCAGGCGGCGACACUCUGCUGUGCUCAUGGAACAUCCCUCACCCUCUCCAUCACCUCAUGGCGCAAGGUCAUCACCCGAUCCCAGGAGACCUCACCCAGCAGCUCCCGCCUCCUCCUUAAUGGGACACAAGGAGAAACACAAGCACAAGUGCAAACGCCGCAGCCACGGGUGUCCCGGCUAUGACAAGCUAAAGAGACAGAAAAGGAAACGCAAGAAGAAGUACCUGCAGCUGCGCUCCCGGCGGCACGACCCAGACUUUCUUGCUGAGCUGGAUGAGAUUGUUGUUAGACUGAGUGAAAUACGGAUAGCACACCGUACCACAGGGCACCGGCUCGGCAGUGGGAUAGGCAUCGCAGCGGGAACAAGUCGAGUGCCAGGAGUGGGGAGCAGGGCCAGUGGUGGCUUAGGAGGCACAGGCGGCCCUCCUCCACAUCAUUAUGUACACAGGGACCUCCUGCCUACCAUCUUCAGGGUUAACUUUGGCAGCUUCUACUCCCACCCUGCAUACUCCUGUGACCCAUUGCACUAUGUACGUAAACCAGACAUGAAGAAGAAACGGGGACGGCCUCCCAAACUGAGGGAGUCCAUGUCUGAGGUUCCUUUUGUACCCGGGCUUGGAUUUCCACUCUCCAGCGGAGGCUUCUACCACCCCUCCUACAGCGUUCCCUACUCCUCCGGGCCCCUCGGUUUGGGCUAUUACAGAGGCUUCCCUCCAGCUAGCGCUCUGUAUCCCCACCCACACCACCAGUCACCCCACACAGCCCCAUCCCAUCACUCUCACCACUCACCGUCUUUCCCCCCUCCUCCCCCGACAUCUUACAUGCACCAUCACCACCCCUCACAUCUCCUGCUGAACCCCUCUAAAUUUCACAAGAAAAAACAUAAGCUGCUCAGGCAGGAGUACCUGGGAGGAGGAAGGUCCCCUGUUCUGUACCCACCCAUGUCCUCUGAGCUUUCCUUCAACUGGCACCACAAACACAAACACAGACACAAACACAGGGAGCGCUGUGCGGAGGAGGACAGAGAGGAAGCAGCAAGAGGAGGAUCAGGGAGCCGCGGUAGUGCAGGGAUAUCUGACAGCGGAGCAUCAGGGAAAGGGGAGCGAGCUGGCAGUUUAGGAAUGGCAGAGUCUUUACAACGAUGCCGCUUUGGACGCGACACCUCCAGCGCCGGCGUCAGCAAACAAGCUGCUUCCACUUCUGCCAACUCCCCUUCUUCCUCAUCAUCAUCAUCUGCAGAAAGGUACAAGCGCAAAGAGAGCUCCAUGUCCUGCUUAGGCCCCUCCAGGCUUGCACUGGGUAGCAACUCAAAAGGUCACCACCCAGUGGAGUCCUGGUUUAGGAUGGGCAGCUCCAAGGCUGACUACUCUAAGCUUUCACGGGGUCACGUGGCACCUGGCCAGGGUCCCUUCUCAGACGGACGGGCUGAAGACCCAGCUGGCUGCUCAGAUAGCGAGGAUGAGGAGCCUCUCACCCCCACGGAGGAUGUAGAGCCUGGAGCCCACGAUUCUCCAAACCUUACAAAUCUGUUUGCUUCUGCUCUCACCCGCACAACGCUGAAGGGGAGCAGGAGCAGAAAGCCUGAGGUAGUCACAGAGAGCUCCAGCUUCUCCCGCAUGGACCGGCCGAUGAGGAAGGACCGCUCAACAUCAGCAGAAAGGAGAGAUAUAGGGUCAUCAGGUAUCCAGACGAGAGGUGUUGCCCUCUCGCCCUCUGAAGGUCCUGACGGAUCCGUGCUCCACCGGCAGCAGCACCAUCACCAACCUUCACUGUUUCACUCCCACGGCUCUGCGUCCUCCUCCUGCCUCUCCCCCUCUCAGGACUGUUGCCUGGAUGCCUCCCUGCCCCACCACUCCCAUCGGGCACAGCCAUCCAAACACAGCCUGCACCAUGUCAACAAAAUCCUGCGUGCCAAGAAGCUGCAAAGACAGGCUCGAACAGGGAACAAUGUAGUGAAGAAGAGAGGCCCCGGACGUCCCAGGAAACACCCGUUGCCCUCCCCGCCGCCUUCCCCACCACCAGUGGUUGAGCUGAAUCAGACUCGGCACAGGGACAGAGGGGCUGAGCGGCCGGCGGGGGGGCGAGUGUGGGAGGGGGACACUGUGACGGAUGUUAUUGAGUCGGUAGUCCAGGGCCAGCGUAGAAAAGGUCAGAAGAGGAAGCACUGGGAUAGAGAUGGGGAUGAAGAAGAAGAGGAGGAAGAAGAGGACGGGGAGGUAGAAGAGACUGAGGAGCGAUUGCCGGACAGAGAGGAGAACCUGGGCAACCUGGUAGCGAGACCCAGAGCUGGGACUGGAAGGAGCUGGCUUACCCAGGACGAGCUCCAGCACUUUCGUGGCUCAAUGGAAAGCAAGCCAGAUGGCCACGGCUCCCCAGAACGUCCAGGCACCGUCUCCAGGGAACAAGCUCCGCCCAUGCCCAUAACCAGCCAACGGGAGAAGAGAGCAGCCAGACCUCCAAAGAAGAAGUUUCAGAAGGCGGGACUUUAUUCUGAUGUGUACAAGACUGAAGACCCCCGGAGUCAGCUUCUGCAGCUAAAGAAAGAGAAGCUGGAAUACAUACCUGGGGAACAUGAGUAUGGAUUGUUUCCAGCUCCUAUACAUGUUGGGAAGUACCUGAGACAGAAGCGCAUUGAUUUCCAGUUGCCUUAUGACAUCCUUUGGCUGUGGAAACACGAUCAGCUUUACAAGAGGCCGGAUGUCCCUCUUUAUAAAAAGAUCAGAUCAAAUGUCUAUGUGGAUGUGAAGCCUCUCUCUGGUUAUGAAACAACUACAUGCAACUGUAAACCUCGUGAAGAAUCGACUGAAAAAGGAUGCCUGGAUGACUGCCUGAAUAGGAUGAGUUUUGCGGAGUGUUCUCCCAGCACCUGCCCAUCUGGCGAUAAAUGUGACAACCAGCACAUCCAGAGACACGAGUGGGUCCAGUGUCUGGAGCGAUUCCGUGCUGAAGGCAAGGGCUGGGGUAUCCGCACCAAGGAGUCUCUUCGCUCUGGACAGUUUAUCAUUGAGUACCUGGGCGAGGUGGUCAGCGAACAGGAGUUUAGGAGCCGUAUGAUGGAGCAGUACUUCUCCCACAGUGGCCACUACUGUCUGAACCUGGAUAGCGGCAUGGUGAUCGACAGCUACAGAAUGGGCAAUGAGGCACGCUUCAUAAACCACAGCUGUGAACCCAACUGUGAGAUGCAGAAGUGGUCGGUGAAUGGGGUGUACAGAAUAGGCCUCUUUGCUCUCAAGGACAUCACCAGCGGCACUGAGCUCACCUACGACUACAACUUCCAUUCUUUCAACACAGAAGAGCAGCAAGUGUGUAAGUGUGGCUCAGAGAGCUGCCGGGGCAUCAUCGGAGGGAAGAGCCAGCGUAUUAACGGCCUGCCUGGGAAGACGGGAGGGACUCGGCGGCUUGGCCGACUCAAGGAGAAGAGGAAGUCCAAACAUCAGCUCAAGAAACGAGAGGAAGAGUCAAGCGACAGCAACAAGUUUUACCCUCAUUUAAUGAAGCCCAUGUCCAACAGAGAAAGGAACUUUGUGCUGAAGCACAGAGUUUUUCUAUUGAGGAACUGGGAGAAGAUGAGGGAAAAACAGGAGCUGCUGAAGCGAGAGGGUGAGCGAGAGAGGGACGCCAGCAGCCUGUCUUUGUAUACGCGCUGGGGAGGAGUCAUCCGUGACGAUGGCAACAUUAAGUCAGAUGUGUUCCUGACGCAGUUCUCGGCCCUGCAGACGUCGCGGUCGGUACGCACACGGAGACUCGCUGCCGCUGAGGAAAACACAGAAGUUACACGCACUGCUCGUCUCGCGCACAUCUUCAAGGAGAUUUGUGACAUGAUCACCAGCUACAAGGAUUCGGCUGGCCAGACGCUCGCUGCUCCGCUGGUGAACCUGCCAUCCAGGAAGAGGAACAGCCAGUACUAUGAGAAGGUGUCUGACCCUCUGGACCUAAGCACCAUCGAGAAGCAAAUCCUCACCGGCUACUAUAAGACCGUUGAAGCGUUCGACACAGACAUGCUCAAAGUGUUCCGCAAUGCUGAGAAAUAUUACGGCAGGAAGUCAUCGGUCGGCCGGGAUGUGUGUCGGCUGCGUAAGGCCUACUACAGUGCUCGUCAUGAAGCUGCUGUUCAGAUUGAUGAGAUCGUGGGCGAGACCGCCAGCGAGGCCGACAGCUCGGAUUCGCUGGAGCGUGACCACGGCCACCACCAUGGAGGAGGAGGUUCGGGGUCCCACGACAAGGACGAUGAUGUCAUCCGUUGCAUCUGUGGAAUGUACAAAGACGAAGGCCUGAUGAUCCAGUGUGAGAAGUGCAUGGUGUGGCAGCACUUUGACUGCAUGCGGCUUGAGACUGAGGUAGAGCACUACCUGUGUGAGCAGUGUGACCCUCGACCUAUUGACAAGGAAGUUCCCAUGAUACCCCAGCCUAGCUACGCCCAGGCAGGCUCUGUCUACUACAUCUGCCUCCUUAGAGACGACCUGCUGCUACAUCAAGGUGACUGUGUGUAUCUGAUGAGAGACAGCAGACGCACACCCGAGGGCCAGCCUGUCAGGCAGUCUUACCGUCUCCUGUCUCACGUCAAUCGAGACAAACUCGACAUCUUCCGAAUUGAGAAACUCUGGAAGAAUGAAAAGGGUGAGAGGUUUGCCUUUGGCCACCACUACUUCCGUCCUCACGAGACGCAUCACUCUCCAUCGCGGCGGUUUUACCAGAACGAGUUAUUCCGCAUGCCGCUCUACGAGAUCAUCCCCCUGGAGGCAGUGGUGGCAACCUGCUGCGUCCUGGAUCUAUACACUUACUGCAAGGGACGGCCAAAGAAUGUAAAAGAGCAGGAUGUGUACAUCUGUGAUUACCGCUUGGACAAGUCGGCUCACCUGUUCUACAAGAUCCAUCGCAACCGCUACCCCGUCUGCACCAAGCCAUACGCCUUCAACCACUUCCCCAAGCGGCUUGCACCCAAAAGAGACUUCUCGCCUCACUACGUCCCUGACAACUACAAGAGGAACGGGGGCCGUUCUGCCUGGAAGAGCGAACGACCCAAAGGAGCCGGAGGCUGCGAGGACGACGCCUCUUCCUGCGACCGGGGUGAUGACUUCCCACCUGAGGCUGAAGACGGGAGAGGAGAGGACGAUGACAUGGACAUGAAUCCAGACGAUGUUGAACUUCUUACAGCCAAGCCCAAAAGAGCGGAACGGGCAGGGGAGGGAGACGAUGAGGAGGAGGAGGAGGAGGAGGAGGAGGAAGGGCGGGAGUCUGAGGAGCGCAAGGAGCUGGAGGACAAUUCCGCAGAGAGGAUAGGAGAGAUGCUGGAACUGCCGUCGUCCUCGGCCUCCUCGCCGCUGCACCACCCGGUGCUAGGCAGGCGGGAGGCUCAGAGGGAACGGCUCAACAAAAUUCUGCUGGAUCUGCUGCACAGAACGCCCAACAAGAAUGCUGUUUGUCCCUCUCUCUUUGUGUACAGCCAUAGACGUCUCUUAUCUCCUGGAGGAGGGCGCAGGGCGGCGGCUACGGCGACGGACGCUCGGAUUCGGCGAUUUCGUAGGCAGAAAAUAACGUUGCUGCGUGCCUGUCAAGCACACUGCCUUUCACUUUAGUGAGGCAGAACAUGGAGAGACAGCGAGAAGGGGAAACGCAGCAUUGUUCCGACCAUUAAAGGACCACAAUGCGUCCCCGGGGGCCUCUUCCAGUUUACCUCUUCCAAGACUGUAAUCCUGAGAGGGUGGAGGGGGUUCGGAAGCGCUGACUCCGUGGCAAUUUCAGCUUUUCAAGAGUUCUCAAGGAGCACGAAGAGAGAGCUGACCCAGACUUCUUGCUUAUUUAAGUAGUAUGAUGCAAAACCUUUUUUUUUUUUUUUUUUUUUUUGAAAGAAUGAACAUAGGAGAAAUAACCCAUGCACUUAAAUGCAUUGAAUAUUACAGACAUGGGUGGAGGAAUUCCCCUACCAAGCAUCAGAAACAAGUGGUACUGAAUAGAUGGAUAGAAGGAGGGAUCAGUCAGUGACGGUGUGAAUGCUGGAGAACUGGUCCCCCUAGUGGGACCUAGCUGCAAUGACAAAAUAUUUCAGAUGAGAGAGCAUCAGCAUUGAGGGGGGAGGGAAUUGCAUAGGAGAAAUGUCGGUUGAGCGGUGUGCUCAGAUGCUGCUCAUUAGAAAGAGAGAACGAGAGCGGUGAACUGCACUUUUGGUACCAUGGAUAUUGUGAAGCUCUGUGUAAUGUAUCUAUAACAAAAAACACACUAACACUCACAGUAUUGGAUGAUGCAGUCUGAAAAAAAAAGUUAAAAAGUCUAUUAUCUUUUUCCUGUUAUACUGUAGUAACUCAUUUAGGAACAGACGAGGCCGGGGUGUGUGUUUUGUUUUUAACGGGCGGGGGAGGGAGUGUGCGCUUGUGUCAGUCAAAGUGUCUUGUUGAGGUUUUUGAUUUUUUUUUUUUUUUUUUUUUUUUCUCGCGAGGCAGUCAGCUUUGCAACCCUCUUUUUUGAAGUAACAUGAUUCACCAGCUUAACUAAAAUCAGGCAUUUCGGGAGGACACCGGCUUCAACUGUAACGCCUUACACAGCCGUGCUCUCCGACUGCCUUGUGUGCGAGUGUGUGCGUGCGUACACACUUUAUCGUGUGUCUGUACUCUGCCAGAUUUCUUGAAGAUAUACCUUUUUAAAAAAAAAAACGAAAAAAAAAAUUAAGGGCUCGAUGGCAAUUAACAGUUUUAAGAAAACUAUGGAAAACAAUACUUAACAUAAAAUGUAUCGUGAUGGUCAUAUUUUCUUAUAUUCUGUGAGACGGGUGGGGCGGUGUAUACUGUAUAUUGGGAGGGGUGGGGUGGGGACUUGAGAUGUUUUUUUGUCUUAAGACUUUGUUCCUGAUUGCCAUGGAGAAUGUUUUAAAAAGAAAUUGUGAUAUUUGAUGAGAUUUCUUUUUUUUUUUUUUUUUUUCGUCCCCCAAAUGCCUCUGCUAAAAAGGGACAGCCUGCAACGUCCCAGUGCGGUUAACUGACAGAGACGUGGCGAGAAUGAGACACUGAUGGAGGGAGAGACGAGAGCGGAACGGGAAGCUGUACAGUGCCAAGUUAUGUAAAUAUACACACUUUACAUUGAGGAGUGUCUCCAAAAGCAAUAUCUUGAAAAAAUGGAUUUUGUUUAUUAUUGUACUGUACAGGACUCAGCCCUAAAUGUAUUAUUAUAAUAAUGAUAAUAUUAUAAUUUCUUCCGUUUGUAUUACUAUAAUGAAGACACUUAAGCUCGGAGGAAAAAUGAUUUUUUUAAUGUCCAGAAAAUCUCCAGAAAAGUAACUGUCCUGACGACAUAAAAACUGAGUUUUCGUUGCCUAUAAAUGAAAUUCAUCUAUGUACUGCAUGAGCGAGAAGAAUGUCAAACGGACACAGAAGGCAUUGGGACAAGACAGUGACUCAGCAACGACACCUUUGUCACUGAAUAUUGUUAAUAAUAUUACUUUUAAAGGAGAAAUGUACUCCUUGUUUUUUGCUGCAAAGUGUUGAACACUAAAAAAACAAACCAACAUAAAAAUGUUAUGAUAUUUUUAAAAACGGUGGCAGAAACAAAAGUAAAGCUGUCAGCCCAGUAUCAUGUUAUUAUGUUUUGUUUUUUCUUUCAAAUAGGAAAACGGUUCCGUUUUGUGAUAGCAGUCAUUGUAUGAUGCUUGUACUUGUAUUUGUGUGUUUUUGUGUGAUUCGUUUAGUUAUUUUUAGACAAUCACAAAAUAAGAUGCAAGCAUUGUAAAUGGCAGACUGGCGGACAUUUUGUGAUGUGUACAGUUUGUCAAAAAAACUUCUUCCACUCGUUAAAAGUUUGUAAUUAUGAUUCUUAAGUCAUGAAAAAUGCUGUUGGUUUUUACUUUUUGUUUUAUAUUUGUUUUUGGUUUUUUUUGUUUGUUUUUUUAAUAAAAAGCACUACAUUAUUGUGAAUAUA